AUGGGUAUAGCGUCACGGGGUCUGGGACGAGGGACGAACGACGGCCAUUUCGGCUUCCAACCCGCCCAGAAUAACGACGAGCUUCUCAGCGAGCCAUUGUCCACGUCUUUUCCCUACGUUUACUCUACAUACCCUCAAAUCACCAUGGGUGGAGGCGGCAAGAUCCCGUAUCCCAAGGAAGUCUGGUCUCCCGCGGGUGGCUGGUACGCUCAGCCCGCAAACUGGAGGGUCAACACUGCCAUCAUCGGCGCGGCUGUUCUUGGAGUUGUCGCUGUGACCUGGAGCAUCAGUGCCGACCGCGAGCACCGUGACAAGAUGCCCGAGCCGGGCAGAUUCUUCCCUAGUCGCUACUGGAGCCGGGAAAUCAGAGAACACGAAAAGCAGCUGGCCGCCCAGAACCAGUCAUAG